AUGGGCUUGGAAUCGUUCUUGCACCUUCUCAAGCUCAUUCAACCGAGUUUCGCUUUCUACUUCACAAUCUUAUUCUGGUGGUGUAUCCAAGUCCAACUCCUCCUCCAAAUCAUCAUCAAUCGCAUCCGAGUCAUUGUACCUGACCGUCAGCGCUCACGGAGAAUCAUGAUCGGCACCGCGGUCUUCGUCACGUUCAUAAAUGUCUCCGUGUUCUUCAUCUGGCUCCCAGCCCGUCUGCAAGUUAGCCGCAAGUACCACAUCAUCAACGAGUACUGGGACCGAAUCGAGAAAGGCCUCUACCUGAUUGUCGAUGCGGGUUUGAACUGGUACUUCCUCAAAACAGUCAAGGCCAAUCUCAUCAGCAACGGUCUCACAAAGUACAACAAGCUUGCACGGUUUAAUCAGCGCAUUGUUAUGGUGUCGUUGCUGAUGGACGUGAUGAUCAUCGGCGCGAUGUCUAUACCCAAUUCUUUCGUAUACAUCCAAUUCCACCCCCUCGCCUACCUCGUCAAACUCAACAUCGAAAUGACAAUGGCCAACCUAAUCAAACGCAUCGCCGUCUCCGCCUCGCGCCGCACCGGCGCGCAAUCCCUCGCCGGCGAAUUCAAAUCUUCAUCGAACAUCUCGUCAACCGCCAAGAAAUCGUCGGCCGCCACGCAACGCCAGUCCGCCCACGAGCUCGCCAGUAUCGUCUCGUAUCAUGCCGACGGCGUGGCUGACUCCAAUCGUAUUCAGAGUUUUACGCCGACAGGCAGGCAGAUUAAGACGACGCAGGAGGUCACGGUUACUAAUGAGCCGAAUACCUGGCCAAAGGCGGAAGGGACAGGCGCGUAUACAAUGGGCGUGCCGCAUAUUGUUGUUCAGGAGACGGGGACGUCGAGAACGAAGAGCAUCGACAGCUCGAUCAAGAGCGAGGGUGUGGUCAAGCGGACGCCGGAAGAUAGUGAUGACGAGGCUGCGCUUGUGGGGAAAGGGAGGCGGUGGGGGAGAGGGGGGCAGAAGUGA